CCUGCCCACUGGCGUCAUGCUGAUCCCAAUAUGAAAAGCGUGUGAUUGUUUUCCGAACAAGACGGUGUGCGUAGAUAGUAGACCGGUUCUAUAUACACUCCAUGGAGUUUCUCCUCUCCUUUCAAUUGCAAGUCAGACCCGGUAAGACUCACACAGGGCGGUUCACACUGCACACCUCAGGAUAUUGAAGGUUUGCUGCAUCUCUUACAAUAAAAACAUGGAGGCGUCGUCAUCCUGUGCCCAGGUUGUCAGUAGCCACAGAGCAUCACUGCUGAUGAGUCUGAACCUCCAAAGACAACAAGCUCAGUUCUGUGACUGUGUGGUCAGACAGAGACUGAGCCCAGGUCAACUGUACCCAGCACACAGAUGUGUCCUUGCGGCUUCAAGUCCAGUGCUAGCGUCUAUUUUGUCCUCUAGCGGAGCCCUGGUGGAACUGCAGGAACCCUGUCUGUCCGGUUCGGUGCUGGCACAUCUUAUGGACUACAUUUAUACUGGAACGUUGCCAUACACUCGUACCCAGCAGUGCUAUUACAGUCUGCUCGCUGCCGCUCACUACCUGCAGAUGGACGAGCUACUCGAGGCCCUCAGGGCUUGGCAAGAAGCAAACGACUCUGACGUGAAAUCUUCAUGUAAAGACAGUGUGCGAACUGCAGCAAGUUCGCGGGACAAACAGCUUAAUCGGCAUUCAGACAAAUUUGAAAUAUGUCAUGCAGUCCAGGGGCAUUUGGCAAGUGUGGACUCCUGUGUCAAAGGCAGAGAAACGGGUAUAAAUUGUGCAAAUUGCUGUGGCAGAGACGAUGUGAAGAAUGAAAGCAACUGUUCGAGUUUGUCCGAGGACUGCACCAAUAAUUUAAACACAGUCAACUGCAGACAAGUGACUUAUGUGACACCUCGGGAGUUGAUUCAAAACGUCUCUCAUACCACUAAAGUACAUGGAGAGUCUAAAGUGGACAAAGAGGUGCAAAAGAAUCUAUUUCAAUCUUCUGGCAUUGUAGCACCACACACUUGGCAGAGGAGCACAGAAGACGAGCGAGUGAGCAAAGUUGGGGACAGUGAGGACAGUAGGUACUCGUUCCCAUCCUCAUCACCACAUCCAUGCAGUGGGGCGGUGCCUGUCAUCCGACAUAGCAGCAGGGCAGCUACGCUCCAGCUGGCACGAGAGUCUACAGUCCCUACACAGGCCUCAGUAAAAUCCAGCAGGAUCCCAGUCCCAAGAUCUGAAAGCACAGGCAGUGACAGCACUGUGGCAGGUAUUUCUACCAAACACACAAACCACAUACAGCAUCAGGAUCACAGAAACUGGGAUAACCUGAAUAGUUCAGAUCGAUGUUCAGCACAGGAUUUUAGUUGCAUAUCUGGCACGGAUCACCCUCACAUUCUAGAACAAAGUGGCAGUAGCAUCAGUGCAGAUUAUUUUAUGGAAGAGGAUGAGAACAUCCACCAUACUCAGAGAAAUAUUCACACUGAACAUCGCAGAGAUGAUUUAGGGCUGCGGAAUGAUGGUCCCAGUCGUUUUAACCGCAGAUCAAAGCAUAAAACUGAACUCAGGUUUGAUGAUCCGCCCUCCAAACAUCAGCCUCUGGAUGUGUCCGACAGCCACGGUGUAUCGGCAGAGAAGCUCUCACAACACCAGGGAGUUGUAGUUCCACUUCCUGUGGAGAAGUCAGAGGCAGAAAGCGACCCUCACUAUGAAGAUAUGUGUUCGGCCGAUGAGGAACAAAGCUACUCCAGCAAAUGUCCACCUGAAAUGGACAGACGAGACCUCCACUCUGAACUCUGUGAACCCAAGAAAGACUGGUGCCGUCAGCUGUAUAAACGUGAGACAAGCACACGAGACUCUCACCCUGACAACAGAGACACAGCACGGGGAGACAAAAGAAACCAUUGUGUUGUUUUCACCACUCCAGAGUCAGCAAGUGUAGAUAAUGACUGUGGGCAUCUCUUUGCCUCAAACCAUACGUCGGUAGAAGCUGAAAAAAUGUCAGAAAACGCAGAGAUGUGCUCGUCGUUCCCAGUGUCGACGGACAGCGAAAUGUGUGACCCCAUGUAUGAUGUAGUGGGACAGUCUUACUUUGGACAUCUUCAUUAUCACUGUCUACCCCAGGAGGACACACACCUACUGCACAUAGACUCUGACCACAAACACUACCCACCCAGCCACCCUGAUUAUUCAGACCAGACCAGUGACGAAGAGCAGGACGGGACCUUCGACAGUUCUGGUCAACACAGAGCUGCAGAGGCGACCCAGCAGGUUCUCCUGCUGGACAUUAGUGCUAAACCCGCCGAGUUGCUUGUGUCCUACAAACACAGAGCGGAUGAAGGGGAGAAAACAAACGACAGAGAGCAAAGGAAUGAGGUUGACGAGGCAAAUAAUAGACGUACUCCGGCAAAACUUGGAAGCGAGAGUUUUGUUGAGGGCAAGACUAAACCGUGGGAUGCGGAGACAAAAAGAGAAAGAGAUGCUGUAAGUAAAUACCAGAUAGACAUAAUACCAGGUCCUGAUGUCACACAUAAUACCGGAUUAACGGAGAAGGUUUCCGACCCCGAAACAGUUUGUUCACGCCCUGGUGUGCCAGACUCUUUACAAGACUUGAUGUCAUCUCACUCGUCUGUCUGCAUACCCUCUGCCCUUUCGGCCAGCAUGCCAAGGAAUAUAUCAACUCAUCUGUCAACGCCUCUUCACCCUUUCCAAUGUUUUCUGUGCGACCGCUCCUUCAGCCAGCGCGGCUCUCUGAAUAGACAUGUGAGGAGCCACCUCGGUGUGCGGCCCUUCCCCUGCCCCUGCUGCCCUAUGACCUUUUCCCGGCAGUACCGUGUCACUGAGCACAUGCGUGUUCACCAACGGUGUCCACAGGGCGGCGACUUUCCCAAGCACCCUGCCUCUUCAAUGUGAGGACAUAUACAGAAGUUGACAAUACAUGCAAAUAACAAAAAAAGUCCAUAAUUCAAAAUAGUUUUUUGUUUUUGUUUAAAUGGAGUUUAAUGCAAAAUAUGUGCAUGAGAAAC